CAGGAACACUUUGGCUUCUGGAGGAGCAAACUGCUUCCUGAAAAAAAGGGCAAGUGGGGGGGGGUUAAGAUGGCGGCCCCCAUCAAGAUCACAGGGCGGGGGGUUCGCAAAACACGUUUUUGUGGCUGACUGCUUCUUUCCCCCUUCCUUUCUCCCGCAACAUCCCACCAGUGUCUGAUCAGGAGAGUAGCACGUGUUUGUUUGUUUUUUGGCUUUCUGGGGGUGUCAUCUCCCUGGACUCCCCUAAAUAUUAUUCAAGGGGGGGUGCCCCAGAUCUGGCUUGAACCUCCUGCCUUGAGCAUCCAAGCACGCUGCAUGCCCCUCCCUUUCUGCACACAGGAGAUGAUUUAGCGAUCUGAUCCGUAGAGGGACUAAUUUUUCCAUUUCUGUUUGGGGAGGGGGUUAUGGGGAGGGUCAGGGCAGGCGUGUGCCCCAAAGCCCCCCCCCAUUCCCUGGCGUUAAAGGCCCCCUUUGCAUAGCGAGGGAGCGCCCUUCCCUUUGAAUCCAAAGCCAGGCCCAGGAGCGAGCAGGGUGGGUGGGAGGGGGGUGAUGUCCACAGAGGGCUUUAAAAACCCCAGGGGCCGACACUGACCCCACCUGGGGUGGGGCCUUGAAAAAGGGGGGGCCAUGGGGAACGUGUUCUUCCCUAUGCAUGGCCUGCGAAGGGGACCCCACCGGGGCGAGCCGCUCACCAACCCGGGCAGCUUCGAUGAGCUUCACAGAAAAUGCAAAGAGGUCUUCCCGCAGCAGAUGGAAGGUGUCAAACUCGUCGUCAAUAAAUCCCUCAGUAGCCAUCUUCAGGUGACCCACACCCUUCACAUGAGCACCGUGGGGCAGUCCAGCUAUCACCUCAAUGCAACCUAUACAGGGGACCAGCUGCUGAGUCCGACAGAGGCAUUCCCGACACUUAUUGGCGACAUCAACAACGUCGGAAGUCUCAACGCUCAAGCGCUGCACCUUCUGGCAGAGCGGAUACGGACAAAGGCUGUGUUCCAGACACAGAAGUCCAAGUUUGUCACUUGGCAGUUUGAUACCGAAUACCGAGGCGAUGACUACACAGCCACCUUAACUUUGGGUAAUCCCGAUUUGGUCAGUGAGUCGAUUAUUGUGGUCGCUCACUUCCUGCAAAGCGUGACUUCACGAUUAGUGCUUGGGGGUGAACUGGUGUACCACCGGCGGCCGGGGGAAGAGGGUGCUAUUGUCACACUAGCUGGGAAGUACACAGCUCUCAAAUGGGUCGCCACCCUGAAUCUUGGCUGUGGCGGUGCUCAUGCCAGCUAUUAUCACCGAGCAAAUGAUCAGAUCCAGGUCGGGGUAGAAUUCGAGGCAAAUACACGGUUGCAAGACACCAGUUUCGCCUUUGGGUAUCAGCUGACACUCCCAGAGGCCAACAUGGUUUUUAGAGGAUUUUUGGACAGCAACUGGUGCGUGGGGGCCGUCUUGGAGAAGAAGCUUCCGCCUCUGCCCGUCACCCUGGCCUUGGGCGCCUUCCUUAACCACUGGAAGAAUCGGUUCCACUGCGGGUUCAGCAUCAUCGUGGGCUGAGGAGGGAGGGGACACCCUCGGGGCCACGCGAGGGCCCUGUGAGUUUCUCCUUGGCAAAACGGCCUCGCAAGAAAAGAGGUUUGGUGGCACUCGGGGGGUGGGGGUUACGUUUGCACGCGGAUACGAGUGCCGGGGUUCGCCCAAGACGUUGGUGAUGGGGGGUUGCCGGUGAUGAGGCCCUCUUUGCCGUCAGGAUUUUGAGGAGGCCUGCUUGGUUUUUUUUUUCUUCGAAAAGAAGUCGGCUGGAGGACGCCCCCUUCCGAAACACGGGAAUCGCCCACUUUCUGAUUUCUGCCCUCGGUGGCAGCAACGAGAGCAUGCUGGCAGAGCAGGUAACGGAGCCCCUUGCAUGGCGAAGAGAGAGAAGCCUUACCGGGACUUGAACACAGCCUUUGCUCAUAAAAGUGCACCUUGGCGCCAUAUCUGCCUGGGCUCUCUGCCGGAGUGCUGAAUUUCAGAGAGACAGCAAAAUCCUGUAUUUUUUUUCUGCUGGCCUGCCAUAUUUUGCUUGUGGGCGCGGUGCCACUCGCCUUAACGGGUCGUGUGUAACAAGGUUUGAACGGUGUUGGUGGAAUCCAAAUAAAAUCAGGCUGAGGGGCUUUGCCACCCCUUCGAGAACAGGAAAGAAAGUCCCACGUGCAAUUCUUUGGUUGUAGGGAGGAAGGAACUCCUUUUUGUCAAGCUUAUUUAGCUGCCUCGUACAGCAGGACCCCCCU